GCCACUAUGACCACCCAACACGACAAUGGUCCUGUGUCCAUCUUUACUCAUUACGGUAUUGAGGUGAAGGAAGUCCCGAGAGAUAACUCAGAGUACACAGGGUCUUUAGCCGCUUUGUAUGACAAGACCUGGAAGCAGCGAGACCCACGUGCCGUAUUCAAGUUGGUAGACAUCCCUCGCGACGAAAAACGGUCAGACCAGACAAGCGAACCCAUCCCCGAUAAGUCAUGCGUACUAUCUUGGCAAGUUGCAGGUGAAGUACCCUGCAUCCUGCGUUCUCCUUUCCAGUGCCGCAGGAUAUUUGUUCGUAAUGAGUAUCGAUGUGUCUUGGCAGAGCUCUGGAAACUCUUCGGCAAGGGUUUUGGUCAUUUGGCUGGCUUUGUACCGAAUGAAAAGAUAGCAGACAUAGGAGCCUUUCCCCCCACAAAUCCUUUCGUUGGUUUAGAGAUCAAGUCAGUGGAGGAGCAAAUGGUCCCUGGUGUAGUUAUUGCUGGUACUCCCGGGAUUGGGAAGUCCCUAUUUCUCUUGUACUUGCUAGCACUGCGCCUGCUCGCACAGCAAACGACUAUCCUACAGUUCGCGGGCCACGAAUUUAUAGUGUUUGAGAAGGCCGGAGUAUUUGUCUGUUCCGAUUUGCACUCGGAACUCCGAUUCCUGCCAGAACAUACUUGGUUCCUGGUAGACAGCAACAAGGAAAAUAUAGAACCGCUUCAGUCAUUUAUCACCUCUUGCCUUUCGUACCCUCGGAGGCUAAUCGUAUCGGCAUCACCUCGAACGGAACGAUUUGACUUUAAAAGCAAAAUUCCACGACUCGCAGUUACUUGGAUGAAAACAUUCGAACUUUGGGAAAUCAUUGCAGCGCGAAAAGACCAAAUCUUUCAGACUCCGGAGAAGGAAUGCGUAUAUGAUGCCUUUUAUCACAAAUAUGGCCCUAUUGCGCGUUUAGUGUAUACAUGUGCUGGCCAACCAAAAAUACAUAGGAGAAGCAUUGUGGAAAACCUCGAGCAAGUUCCUUGGGAUGGCCUUUCGCAAACGAUUAGGAAUUUGGCUUCAGGCUCCUUCGAUAGUCCAUUUUCUCACAACACAAUUAUUGCACAGCCUACUGCAAAAGAUCGCUCCGAUUUCUAUGUCGAGUUCGCAACAAAGUCAGUUGCAGAGCUGGUAAUGGAGACGUUUCUCAAUAGAGAACAAACUAGAGCUCAAGAACUCUAUCGAUAUUUCUUGGCAUGUCCCAAGGCCAGAGCAACAGCUGGUCACUUGUUGGAGGCAACUGCUUUGGUGACUUUUCCGAGGGGCGGCGCAUGGCAGAUGCGGAAAAUGGAGAAAUUGACGAAGCGCAAAAGCUCAAAGAAUCAGAUUUAUGCUUACAGGUCGACCGCGUCAGUGUACACGUUGGUUAUUGGUCAGCGAUUCGCGUUGCCAGUGCAGAUUUUGGUGGGCAAUACCCAGAUUCCCCAGGAAGACUUUCAUAAAGUACAGCAACAGACGUGCAACCCUGGAGAGGAAGAAACGAGCGAGGAAGAAACGAGCGAGGAAGAAAUGAACGAGGAAGAAAUGAACGAGGAAGAAACGAGCGAGGAAGAAACGAACGAGGAAGAAACAAGCGAGGAAGAAACGAGCGAGGAAGAAACGAGCGAGGAAGAAACAAGCAAGGCAGAAAGCAAGUCAGCUACGUUUUGCAUCCCGAAAGCUUCCAACAAUCCAGGUUUUGAUGCAUGGAUUUAUUGCCCGGAACAGAAGCUUUUGGUGAUUUUCCAGGCUACUACUUUAAGGCAGACUCACAAGAUUCAAACUACAGCAUUGGAGUGGCUUUGUGUACCCAAGGGCGUAAAAAUCGUACUCGUCGUUGUGUCGGAUGAGGCAGGUGGAAUGCAGGUAUCCUUAAGGCCGGAAGAUUCUAGUUGGAUCAGUGAUGCGUAUCGUUUAGUAAUGUAGGCACCUCCUUAUUUGUCUUGACUUUUCGCUGUAUAAUACCAAUUAUAUGUCUGGAUUGGACUGUACUACAAAUUAUGUGUUCUAUUAGUCUCAAUUAUUCACAUUCU